AUAUUAUCAAAUUCCCUUAACUCCAUUAUUUUUUUGACAAUGGAGAGAAUUAGUAAUCUGGUAAUUAUAGGGGCAGGAACUAGCGGCCUUUUAGCCUGCAAGUAUGCUUUACAGAAAGGAUUUAACCCCAUUGUUUUUGAAGCAGAAGAAGGUGUAGGAGGGCUUUGGAAUCACACUACAGCGUCAACAAAACUCCAGAACGUCAAAGAGACUUACCAGUUCUUGGAUUAUCCAUGGCUUAGUUCAGUGAAAGAGAUGUUUCCUAGUCACAACCAAGUUUUGGAGUAUGUUCAAUCUUAUGCGCAACACUUUGGUCUUUUUCCUUACAUAAAGUUCAACUCCAAAGUCAUUAGAUUGGAUUAUGUUGGAGAGUCCUAUGAAGAAAUGGACGCAUGGGAGUUAUGGAGUGGAACAGGCGAGCCAUUUGACUCUAAAGGGAAGUGGCGUAUUGUCAUGCAAAAUACCAAGACUUUCUCAACAGAGGUUUACCUAGCUGAGUUUGUGAUUCUCUGCAUUGGGAGAUUUAGUGGAGUUCCAAACAUCCCAGAGUUUCCUCCAAAUCAAGGGCCAGAGGUGUUCAAUGGUGAGGUGAUUCAUUCCAUGGACUAUUCAGCAAUGAAUAAUGAUAAGGCUGCUGAGGUGAUCAGAAGAAAGAGAGUUACAAUUGUUGGUUCUCAGAAAUCUGCAGUUGACAUAGCAGCAGAAUGCUCAGACAAAAAUGGAGUGGAAUAUCCAUGCACAAUGAUUCAAAGGACUGUCCAUUGGCAGCUCCCAAGUCACAAUUUGUGGGGAGUCAAUUUUGGCUUCUUGUACUUCACUCGCUUCUCGGAGCUUUUGAUUCAUAAGCCUGGUGAAACAUUCCUUCUCCGCAUUUUGGCCACUUUGCUUUCCCCCUUGAGAUGGGCAAUUUCGAAAUUUGCUGAGAGCUAUCUUAGAUGGAAACUCCCAUUGAAAAAGUUUGGCAUGGUACCCAAAAGCAGCUUCCUUCAAGACAUUUCCUCGUGCACAAUUGCUGUACUGCCUGAGAACUUUUAUAAUAAAGUGGAACAAGGAAGCAUCAUAUUGAAAAAAUCACAAAGCUUUGGAUUCUGCAGAAAAGGUUUGAUCAUAGAUGGAGAAUCUCAGCCACUAGAAACAGAUGUUGUCAUUCUAGCAACCGGGUAUAGAGGUGACCAAAAGCUAAAAAACAUGUUUAAUUCUCCAAUUUUUCAAAAUCACAUCAUUGGAUCACAAUCCUCAAUGGUCCCUCUUUAUAGGCAAAUAAUUCAUCCAAGGAUCCCACAAUUAGCAAUAAUAGGAUAUGCAGAAGGUUUCUCCAAUUUGUUGAACUCUGAGAUUAGAUGUCGGUGGCUAGUAGAGCUCUUAAGUGGGAGCUUUCAAUUGCCAAGCAUAAAAGAGAUGCAAAAGAAUGUGAGGAGGUGGGAAAAUAACUUGAAACUAUACAGUGGAAAAUAUAUUGCGAGAUCAUGCAUUGGUAGUGUUAAUAUUUGGUACAAUGACCAAUUGUGCAAAGAUAUGGGACUACAACACAAAAGAAAGAAGGGAAUUUUUGCUGAAUUCUCUCAGCCAUAUGGGCCGAUAGAUUAUGUGGGUCUCGCCCGUAAUUGAGGAAUGAAGAUUGAUCCAUUCAUUGCUGAUUUGAUGAGAAUUCAGACAAGAUGAGAAGUAUCUACUUAGAAGACUCCCGCCAAAAUAAAAAAAAAUUGGUUUAGUGCUUCCCAAAUUGUCUCUUACUCGCUUGAUUCUUAGUGAAGCUUUAACGGGGAAAAGUGACACUGCUCAGAAUUGAUAUCAAUGGUCUAAAUAGUUGGAACUCAAUUGUGGUUAUCCUCAUUGUAACAUGAUAUUGAAGUUACCGUUUUUGACUUGAUCUACUUCUUCUUGGUUAUUGCCUCCUUUUCAUCUUUCUCCUCCUUUAAUUGCUAUUCCUUCCUUUCUUGUAUCUUCCCUUCUACUGUCAUGUUGUAACAUAUUGUCGAUGAUGACGAAAUCGAUAUCCAAUCUCCGAUCUGCUGCUUCCAACUCUAGGAUGAUCGAUCCAUUAGGAUUUUUCUGAAUGCUAUUAUGUAUGCACAACUCUAGGAUGAUAAUGAAUUUUUUUUGUUAACUCGCACAUUUUAAUAAUGUGA